UGAAAGGUGACAGGAAGUGGCGGCGGUCGCCAUGUUGGUCCGAGUACAGUGUUUUCCGCAGCUUUGUUGUGGCCUCCUCUCCCCGUCUGCUCCCCGUCCGGAGGCGAAAUGGAAGCGGCCUGGGGGGCCUUCAUAUUUCAGGCAGCUGAUAUCUCUCAACAGCAGCACCAGCAGCAUGUGCAGAACACCCUUCUGCCGAUAUUGCAUUCAGCGACUGAGCCACGUGAGCAAGCGCCGAUAACAACUCUGCCUCAGGCUCCGAAAACCCCUGACCCCAAAGAAAUACCCAAACCUACAGUAGAGAAGAAGGAGAAGACCAGAACACCUGUGAUUUGCAGUUACUGCAGCAAGGCUUUUAGAGACAGUUAUCACCUCCGGCGACACGAAUCAUGCCACACUGGAAUCAAGUUGGUGUCAAGGCCCAAGAAAGUGCCAACCAUGGUAUCGCUGAUGUCGUCAGCGCCUGCUGUUAGUGCCACUACAACGUUAGUGUCAACUGUCGCAGGGAUGCUGACUUCAACUGAUGCUUCCACCUCCACUGUCACCAGCAGCACCACCUCGAGUGUAACGACCAGUAAGAACGCCAAUAGACGAGUGAAAAAGAAUCACGGCUGCGAACUGUGCGGAAAAGCAUUUCGUGAUGUUUACCACCUUAACCGGCACAAACUUUCCCACUCGGAUGAGAAACCAUUUGAGUGUCCCGUUUGCCAGCAACGCUUCAAGAGGAAGGACCGUAUGAGUUAUCAUGUGCGCUCACAUGAAGGCGGCAUCAACAAACCAUACAUCUGCAGCCUUUGUGGAAAAGGAUUCUCCAGGCCUGAUCAUCUGAGCUGUCAUGUCAAGCAUGUUCAUUCCACAGAGAGACCCUUCAAAUGCCAAACGUGUGAUGCAGCUUUUGCCACCAAAGACCGUCUGCGUUCACACAUGAUACGUCAUGAAGGGAAGGUGUCCUGCCACAUCUGUGGUAAACUGCUGAGUGCAGCUUACAUCUCUAACCACAUCAAAAUGCAUAAUCACAACCAAAAUCACAACUGCAAUGUUUGUAACAAAGGUUUUACCACCGCUGCCUACCUUCGGGUCCAUGCUCGAAAUCACCAUGGUGUCCAUUACAAGUCUCAAAGAUUUGUGUGUGAUCAAUGCGGCUUGCAGUGUCAGUCCCACAAUCAUCUGAUAGGCCACAAGAAAAGUCACAUGGGAGAGACCCCAACUUCCAGUGCCCCCUCUGUGGCAGCAGUAGCUUUAAAAGACACUGCUGAGGCUUGCCACACUCCAGCACCUGCUGUAAGUCCAAUGAAUAUAGUUAGGCCUGUGGAGAGUGUGCCUUUUCUGUCCCAGGUCUUGCCAACAUCUCCACCAUGGUGAAAGAUAUUGGAUGCAAGUGCUACUGUGUCAACAGCUGAAUUAGGAUUUUAUUACCCAGUAGGUAUGCUGAUGCCUAAAGUGAAUUAAACCCAGGAUCUUCAGUUAAUUCUACCAAGAAUAUGAAGAGAUGUUGAGCGGUCUUUCUCCAGACAGGGGGAGAAAUCAAUUUUGUGGUUUUUCUAACUAUGUAAAAUUAUGGUCUAAUGUCCAGACUCUGGAUUUAUUGACUAGUUAAAAGGUAGAUUAUACAUAUUUUUGUGUCAUUCCUAUACCUCCUGGGUUGGUGAUAUGUGCUGAAAAGUGGACACACAUGCUAAUGUCUAAAUACGUACAUAGACAAAGUGAUUCUAUUAAUGGAUCCCAUUCUGUCAGAGCAAGAACACAAAAUUAAUAAGGCUGAGGAAUUGUCUGUCACUUAUUUGGUUGCAUAUCCUCUACUGCUCAUUGUUGCAUCUGUUUGUACAAUUUGAACUGACUACACUGGGGAAGGACAGACUUCAAGAAAAAUUAACAGUUCUGAGGUUGAAAACCUGGAAUGUGCUGGUAUUUGACAUGUUACAUCAUAUGUGCGCUUUUCUCAGAACCUAUAAACCCACAAAUUAUUUCCUAUAUAAAUUAGACUAAAGUUGUAACCUUGUUUUAAAGAAUGCUUUGAAUCACAUUGGUGUUACAUUGCACUAGUGUAUAAGUUGUUCCCCUAUAUUAAUGAGGGCUGGAAAAUGAGCAUCAAAUAUAAGCAGGUGCUGUUUCUUACUGUACUGUUUCUUCUGUGAUUAUAGUAAUUUGGUUUUGCUCCUAAGUUGAAAUGUUAUAGAAAUAUUAUCUAUCUUAUGCAUUUUAUUUUGUUCUUCAAAUGUGGAAUUUGAGGUUUUUUUUAAAGAUGCAAUAUUAGGAUCUUGUUUCUCUGGCAAACAUGUAUGGAAAUGACUACUUGUCCUGUCUCCACAGACUGUUAAUUUUGGAUCCAAUCAACAGACAAUGUUCCUACAAAAAAAAAUAGUAGGUCAUUAUGUCACAUUAACACUCAGGUGGAAAGGAUGGAGAACUUGAACCAUGUCAAUUAAACCCAGGUUAUAAAUUAGUUUUCUUUUUAGAAAGGAAGUGGUAAUCACAGUUUUAGCAUUGCCUCUCCUGAAAUUAUUAAUAUCAAGGCAAAUGAAAGUGAUCAUCUCUCAGUUUGUACAGGUCCCUUGGUAUCUCAUGUAAUUGAAAGUACAGAAUCAUGACUCUGUAUUUGGAUUCAUCUUUCUGGUUAAAUUGCCGAGAAGAUCGUUCCUUCAAUGCAUGCUUUCAUUGUGUUGGAUUGCUAUUUUGCUUCAUGAUGACAUUUGCAGAGCCCUCCGAAAACCUAUGGAAACUAGUAAAUUUACAAAUAUGUUUAAAAUAUUUUGUGGAUUUAGUGGGUAAUUAACCUUUACAAACCAAGAAGAAAGGUGUUAGGUAACGGAGGCAAAACAAAUAGGCAGACUUCCCAUUCCUGAUUUUUAUUCAGUUACCUUCAGUAGGGAAUAUGUGGAUUGGGACUAGUGACAAUAUUGAGCUUGGAAAUAGUGUCAAGGUACUCUGUGGUGGGAUAAUCAGCUGCUGUCCAAGGUCUCCGGUCAAACAUGAAACUUGGACAAUUCACUGAGGUACCAAAUGGAAUCCAUUACCUGCAAGUAUAUGGCAGUAGGUGUCUUUAUCUUAUCUCCAAGAGAGAAACUUUAUAAAGAUUAAAAAUAUAAAUUUUUUGAGUUGUGCACUUUAUUGAAUUGCUCAUUUUUCUUUCCAUAAGUGAAAUAUUAUUUGGUUUUUGUCAUUCUGCCAGCAUAUGAUAUACCAGCUAGUGUAAGAAAAGCACCUGCCCAGGAUUUUACUGUUGGAUGUUUAAUGGCCAGUCUGUGGGAUCUAAAGCCAGAUGUAACUUUUUAUCCCUUUCAAUCUUAAAUAUCCAGGAUUUUGGGAAUAAUUUCCUAACUAUACAUUUCCAAAACACAGCUUAACACAAUUCAAGAAAUUCUGGUUUCACAGUUUGGCUUUUUACUUUGUUUUUAUCUCUUUGGUAAUAUUUUUAGUAAGGUACUGUAUUAGGCUGCAAUUUAAUUACAAAUCACAGCAUUUGGAUAUCUAACUAGUAUCUAAUUCUAACACCAAAAUUGUACUAUAUUCAUGAACCAUGCAAUAUUAUAACCUAUUGUUUAAUUUGGCAAAGAACUGAUUUGCCUCCUAUUUUAAUGAUCUCAAUUCCCAUUUAUGGAAAUUCCCUAACUGAACAUUCUCUCAAAUGUACAUGUUACCUCUUUAGUUUACUCACCCAUUCCUUUCCAUUCUACUGAUUUUGAAUAUCCACAGCUCAUAACUAUAUUUUGAUAAAUGUACUACAUUAGUGAAUUUUAAUGUCAAUUUUACCUUGAUUGCCAUUCAUUGUAGUGUAUUCCGAAUCUGUUUUCUAGCCAAAACAGGGCUUCCUCUAACAUCAGCCCUCUGGCCAACCCUUUCCCAAUUCUUCAUAUGGACCUUAGCAGAUUAUGGUACAGGAAGUGAGAUCAAUUUUCAUUUUUUUUUUAGAAAGGUGCCUUUUGGGGGAUGAAGUACAAAUUGAAGCACAUUGCUUGCUUUAAAAUAUUGCUUUUACUGGAAUUGUAAAAUUUUGAUCAAUUUGUGUGAAGAAAAUUGAAGUGCUUUGGCUUCAAAUCACUUUAAAAAAAAAUAUAUAUAUAUAUAAUUAACGUUAUGGGAAGAGCCAGUAACCAGAAAUGGACAAGAUUUCAUAUUUGACUUUUUUUAGAAUUUUAAAACUAAAGUUUUGCAGCAUCUUCACGUCUUUUGUGCAAUUAAUGAUUAUGAAACAGAAGAAUAAGUUCCAUUUCCCAAUACCAUUUGCUUUUCACGCAUGCAUGUUGAAAAACUGUUUACAACUGCGCUCUGUACAGCAGUGCUGCUUACUACCUCUACACUUUUUCCACAUUGGAAAACAAAGCACCAUGACCAAUUGUACAUUUUAGAAAAUCGUUGAAGAAUUAUGCAUCUAUUGUAAAUUUAGGAUAUUCUCAAACUUACUAUUUUUGUUAAAAUUAUGCAUUGUGUAUAUUUGUAAUGCAUUGACUUAAGCUUUAUUUUGCUUUUCUUUAUUACCUAGCUUUACAAUUAAUUAUGUACUAAAAAAUGAAUACUUUUGCUGUUUCUGUGACUGCAAGAUACUGUCUUAUUUUCCAAAUUAAAGUAUCAGUUUUAGGUUCUUUGAUCUCUUUUAAUAUAAAGAAAAGUCCAGUAUGUAUAGGGAACUAAAACCCUGUUCUAUACCUCCUAGACAUGAGAAAUAUUUUUAAAAUUUACAAUAGCAAUUAAAUAAUUGAAGCCACCAGUUUGUUGCACUGUUUCUAAUGUUUAUGAGAUGUGGCAUUGUUGUCAGUACCUCAAAGUAAGAUGGGAUUAUGAUAUCUCAAUGCAAGUUCAUUUACCAAACAGUGAUUUAGCAAAGGUUGAUUGAGAACUGAUAACAUUAAGCUCUGAAUAGUUGUCAACUAAUUGUGGUAGAUAUUUUUCAUGUGUAGAUAAUGCAGGAGCAGAGUGGUUACAUGACUGGCUGAGUGAUCUAAAGGCUUCGUUGUUGAUCUGAAGAAAUUGAUUCAAAUCAUGUCAGCUGGAAGUAUAAUUAAAUAAUUAUUUUUUUACACUGUUUUAUAUAGACAUGAAUUAAAUAAAACAAUCAGUAAUUGUGAAGAUGAAGCUGCUAGAUGAACCUUUUUACAGCUCACCCAAUUCAUUAAUGAUCUUUUUUUAAAGAAAAAAGCCUUGUCACCUUUAACUGGACUGGCCUGAUGUGACUCCAGACCUAUUACACAGUUAACUGCGUUCUGAAAUGGCCCAGCAAACCACUGUAUUGUAAAGGAGGCAGCUUACAAUCCUCUCCUUGCAGACAAUUGGGAAUGAGAAAUCAAUGCUGGCCUUAGUGGUGUUAUCCUUCUCUGGUGAAUGAAUGAGGUUUUAAAAAAUAAUAAAACUUGAUACACUAUUGAUAGUAGAAGAAAAACAACGGAUUUAUGUGUAACAGUGACAACUAUAAAAGGCUUCCCAAUAAAGGUUUGGCUUUUCUUUGAAAGACACAGAAGCACUCUUUUUUUUGUUCCCCUGUACAACGUACAAUUCACAGAAUGUUGAUCUGCUUCAACCUCUGUACUACUGCUGCUCAGUAACAGACUUAAAAGCUGAUCAAAACUAGCCUCAUGUAUCCCACCACUUGUUCAUCACCCACAAUAUGGAACGUUCUUGGUAUCAGUUCAGUACCUCAUCAGCUAAUGUACUGAAGAUAAAUUUUAGAACUUAAUGUAUGUAGUGCUGCAGGCCUAAACGCACAAUCCUAUUGACAAUAACAGUGCAUUAGGAUUUUAACAUUCUAAACCAAAAUGUUGUCCACUGUAGGUACAUUUUGACAUGUUCAGGUUGGAGCAUAAAUGCAGUGGGAAUGCAUUUUAUUUCAUUUUUGUGUAAAAUAAAAAUUAAUGUAGGUGAUAUUAGAUCAAUACAGUGCAAAAUUGGGAGUUUUGAUGUUGUUCUUGACUGUAGUGUUAUCAUCUCUGGAGUUCACAGAAGUGGAAACGUGAGGUUAUAUCUACCUAACAUGACUCUUUCUACAUUUAAAAUUGCUUUGAGUCUUGUGCUGUAAUUCUUUUUAAACUGAUAGUAAAUAGAAGUUAUUGUUGAAAUGUGAAAAGCCAGUGUCGUCAAAAUUUUCAACUGUAGCAAUGUUUCCUCUUUGGUUCCUUGUUUUAUUUCCUCCUCUCUUGGUCCACCAAAGAGAAUGGGUAGCUGCCAGGAGGUAUAUAGAACUAUUCCAUCCCUUAAUCAUCUUGCUCCCUCAACCAACCUGGAUUAGCCCCUGCCUGAUAGAAUAGUUUUUAAAACUCCUGUCUGAGUUAUAUCUUACAGCUAGUCACUAAUUGCCUGCCUAUGUUCAUGGUAAAAUUGAUGUGGUCCUACUUUUGGUAAGGAAGGAAAAGUAAGGGAGAUUAUUGGACAUGAUAGCCUAGCGAUUCUAUACUAGAUGAGCAGUUUAGAAGUUGGGAGUUCACAGCUCACCUUGGCAAUUUGAAUGCAUUUGAAAGUUUUAAUUAGUGGACUAGCAUCAGAAAACUACCAAAGAUGUUGAAUUAACAAUAUAUCAUCUGUUCCACUUAAAUUCUUCAAGAAACUUCCCACCCCUUCUAAAUUCAGUUUACUCCAGCCCCUUUUACCGGGUUGACUCUUAAUGCCCUCAGCAAUUUGGGGAUGAGUAAUACAUCAUUGCCUUGCUUGCAAUCCUCGGAUUGAGAAAGGAAAUGCAAACAUGCAAGGGCUUUUAGGGAAAUGGAAAAUAAGUUGUCAGAUAUUUGUCACUAGCUCAAGCCAACUGAAGUGUUGUCAGCACCUUUAUGAAUUCAAAUCGACAUUAUAUUCUGUCUGCUAAUAAGCAUUUUAUGGGCUGUAAAAGUGAUGUUCUGAAAUUGAAAGUGGAAGUACAUUUUUGAAAUUCAGAAGGAUGAGGUGGUUUUGCAUCUGGCAAUUUAAUUUACACGUGCAAAGUGGGCUUCCCAUAGUUUCAGUUUUGAAAAUUAAAGUGUCUGAUUAUAAAUGGUUAACAUUGAUUAAACCUAAUUUGCACUGAUAAAAUUGUCUUUCCCUUUUUUAAUGCUUUUGGUGAAGAUGCAACACUCACUAAGUGCUAUAAUAGAGUAUAAAGUUGGGGCUAGCUCGAUCAUUUAGGAAUGAAAUCAGAAUAUAGUAGAAAUUGGAAAUUACCUUUCAGCGAAUGGCUGAGACCGCUUCAAAGCUAAAAUUGGUAGCUGUUUGUAGGGCAUGGAUUUCCAGGGCUAAGGAGUUGAGGUACAGAUCAAGUAUGAUCUAUGAGACAGCCAGCAUGCAGUGCUCAUUAUCCAGUAUUUUAAAUAUAUAAAGAGGGAGACUAAAUGGCAACAAAAGACCAAUAUUUGUUGAGUUAUGUAAAGAAUGGUCAGAAGUGGAAUUAUGUUUUGGUGAGCUGUAGUUUGCAUUUCAUUCACCUUUCCCAGUUAGUAAAUCUGGAACAGUGGAGCAUUUUAACCUUACACCCCUCUAUUGACCAAUCUCUGCUAAAAAUACUUGUCCUGUUGGGAUACAAGUCCAAGGGAAAACAUUGAAAUUACUUUUGUACAAUUAAAUUCCCUUUUGAUAAAUGGGAGGUGGGAGAGAUUUUAUUUAAAAAUAAAGUGAGUAUAAAACUUUUGGGAUGUCUGUUAGUUAGCAAAGUUGUAAUAUCAUGACAUAUUCCCUGUUCAACUUUCUGCUUUUGGUGUAACUUGGCCUUUCACUUAUGGAAGUAAUCUGUAACUUGGCCUUUUCCCUUUUUUAGGAGAAAGUGAGGCCUGCAGAUGCUGGAGAUCAGAGCCGAAAAUGUGUUGCUGGAAAAGCGCAGCAGGUCAGGAAGAAAUUGCUCAGAUGCUGCCUGGCCUGCUGUGCUCACUGUGCAGGGAGUGUGGAACCAGAGAUUACAGUUUGAGUAAGGGCCAUGAGAAUUAUUUCAACUCAAAAGACCUUAAAUUGUUAAUUCUCUGCACAAAGAAAUUGGCAUGUUCAAGACAAAUUGACAGAAUUUUUGGUGUAGAGAAUUGAGAUUUUGGAAUAGGGUGACAAAAUGUAACCAAGGAAAAUGAUCAGCUAAGAUUAAAUGAGGAAACAGACUUGGUCGGGAGAAUGGCCUCUUCCUGCUGUGAAUUCUCUAAAUAGGGAGCUGACUUUAAAUAGGUCUGGAAGUAAUCUCCAUAUGCGGUAAUGCUGUAUUCUAGGUAGUGCUGCAGGAGCUGAGUUGCUAAGCAACAUUGUCAUACAGCACUUUGAUUCUUGCUUCGGAUUUGAAUGAGCCUGAAAUGUCUCUUUGAAGGAAAGUUGCCAAUUGCCUGAUAUUUUCUCCAUGAGCAUGGGAUAUUGUAUCGUAGAUUAUUAAUCAUGAAGAAAAGUCACUUUCUGGUUUUUAUUAAAAGAAUCAUGAUCACUAAAGGAUCUGCUUUUGAACCUGUUUUCAGGAAAGAUUCAGUUCCCAUUAUCUGGCACCAGGUUUUUUUUCUCUUGGUGAGCCAGAAAUUAUGAUCAGCCCGUACCAAAUCUUAGUAAAUUACUAAGAUUAUAAAUCUUAGUAAAUCCUUUGUGUUUGUUCAUAUCCACAAUCAACUAGAAUUUUUAUUCAAUGGUAGGUGAUUCUCUUUGCUAUUUCAUAUCCUCUUCUGGUCACAUUCAUGAGUAAUGCCAAGACCAAUUCAACCAGAAAUUGUAUCUUAACUACUAUGGGUUUGUACCAACACGUAUAUCAAGAUAUGUUGAAAGCAUUAUUUUAAAGCAUUGUACUGAAAUCCUCUGAAAUACAUUUGGGAAAUAUGCAGCAGCUAUUAUAGGUUUGUGUUUUUUUUAAAAUUUCCUAUGAAUUUUACCAAAUAGCACUCGGUACAGAGUUCAUCAUGUAGUAAUGAGUAUGUACAACAUCACUUUCAUUUCAGUACGCAACAGAAAGCCUUUCGUGUGAACAUGAAACCAUAGGAUACAAAGUAAAGGAUUAUGUACUCUACACCAUGGAGUUUAAGGAACAGACAAUGUGCAAUUUAAUCUGUACAAAUAAAAUUGUUGCAUAUCAAAGCAGAAUUUACUUAAACAAUUCUCAAUAUGAUUUAUAAUAAAGAUGUAAUAUUUGCACGGUUUAUAGAAUCUAUAUAGAAUUUUUAGCUAUACUACAGUAAUGUCUGAAAAGAUCUAGGAGUGCCAGUGCUAAGACUGUGUAGCUUCCCAAACAACAAUUUUUUUAAAAAUAAAAAUAACUAAAACAUAAGAUGUAUGCUGUAAAAAAAAAAAUUAAUAGAUUCCUGAAAGUGAUUUCAAGAGCUAACUUUUGCAAUUAAUUGCCCUGCAACCUUCCUGAUCAGACCACAUCCUUCAUAAAUCACUCCAAGAUGUUCAUCAUUCUCUCUUUAUUUUAGACCCUUGCCUGGACUGCAGGGAUUGGGGUGGGUGGGAUUGAAUGUGAUUUCAUCCAACAUAUAUUUGCAGUAAGAUUCUCAUUAGAAUUUCCAGCGAUGACCGUUGUUGCGAUGCACUGGACACUGUUGGAUUGUUAGCCCUGGUAUUCAGUGCUUUUUCAGAUCUUGCUUAUGAUUUUAUAAGUUUUUUUUAAUGAUCAGGUUUUUGCAAAAGUACUGCAUUUGUUUUGCUAACUGCUUGAAGUCAUGUCUUGUGCAGUGAAGACACCUGCUGCCAUACCUUCAGUCUGCUUGUGUUAAAUUCUUACAACUACCUUUUAUGUCUACUGCUCUGCCUAGUAUUUGCAUAUAGUACAAAAUUGUGUCAAGAUUAAAAGAAAAAAAUUCCUGUUCUAUUCUUGUGUUCUGAUAACUUUGGCUUUUUAUAUAUCUUGUGCUGUAUAUUCAGUGUAACUUUUAGCAGGAAGAAAAUGAUACCUGACCAUAGAUUUGUAGAUAACCUGUUCAGUAUGUAUUAUUGAAACUUUGAAUAAAUUUUUUUUGUUAUGA